AUGGCAAUAUGUUUUAUGGUGUUAAUAGCUGCCAGUAAAUGCGAUGGAAAUUCUAAUUCUUCAAAGUUUCUUGCACCACAACAACUAGAAGCUGAAGAUACCGGACCAGCUUGUGUGCUUGUGUUAACGUACAUGCGCAGUGGAUCAACUAUGAUUGGAGACAUAUUACAACACCAUGAAGGCAGUGCUUAUAUGUUUGAACCUUUAAGAUACAUUGAAGAAGAUAUCAUGCAGGGAAACAACGUAACUUUUCUUAAUUCAACACAAAGAUUAUUCAACAAGAAAGACACCACUUCGAUAUUAGCGGAGAUGUUGUAUCGAUGGUACAAGUGCGAUGUAGAGAAGAUCAACAUAAAAGAUCUCACAAGCAUGAUGCUGGCCCACUCUAAUGUCUUCGCAGAUUUCUACAACUGCUUUAAAAGGGCAAAAUUUAACGAAACUAAAUACCGCAUCAAAAGUUGUUUAAAACGUUUUACAAAACCUUGCAAUUCUAGUAAAGUUUGGAUCAUAAAGACCAUUCGCUUAGAAAUGGCUUCUGUGCAAUUGUUACUUAAAUGGCUUCCAAGGCUGAAAGUCAUACAUUUACUACGGGAUCCAAGAGCAAGAAUAUCCUCGCAACUGAGACUGCGAUUAAAUGACAGUUUGUUACACGCUGCUUCAGAAUGUAAUCGAAUGUUGUCUGAUAUCAAAUUAGCAGAACAACUUUAUCAACAAUACCCACAAAGUAUCAGAAUCCUACAAUAUGAGCGUUUCACAAAUGACUCCAUAGAAAAAACAAAAAGCAUGUAUCAGUUUUUAAAUUUCAAUUUUACGACACAGAUACAUGACUACGUGAAGGCAGUUACGUUACAAAGGAAUUUGAGUAGAAAUUGCGACUGGUGCGUUAAAAGGACGAACUCAAAGCUAGCGUCUUCUAAAUGGAGGUUAACUAUGAAAUACCAGCAUGUCCAACUAAUAGACAGGCAGUGCGUGAGCCUGUAUAAAAGAGUAGGAAUCUUGGAGAUAAAAGAUUCGCAAAAUCUCAAAAACCUGAAUGAAAAGUUUGAGAAAGGCAGACAGGCUGAUAUAGAAAAGUCUGCCGUGUCUCCGAUAUCAGUUCUGGUGGGUAAAUACGAUGGACGUGGUCGUUAA